AUGGGCGCAGGCAGCUCCGAGGCACAGCAGACCGGACACCGGCCAUUGGCACCUCUGGAGGUGGCGAAGCCGGAGGAAAUACGCGUGACGGUUCUGAACCUCGCGGGCCGUGAGGUGCUGUCAUGUACCCUAGCAGACGGGAGCACAGUGCGUGACCUUAAGUAUCUGGUGGCAGCCGCGGGUGGUCCGCAUGCUCGCCUCCAGCAACUGUCCUUCGGCAGCUGCGUCCUGAAGGAUGCGACCUCUUGCCAGCAGUUGGGAUGGACUUCUGCUGAACCGGUUACCGUGACCAUGACGCGUGUACUGCCAGAUCUGGAGAAACUCUUGGCCAGUCUCAUGCACCCAAAAUGUCUGAGACGGCCUGCGAACCUGCUGGAGAUUGAUCUCAACAUCUUGUGCUGCCACUGCAAAGAAAUCUUUCUGUCGGAGCCAAUGCUGCUGAAACUCGAGCCGCCACUGUGUGUUGUUGGCAAUAUGCAUGGCCAUUUCGAUCAGCUGGUAAAGCUGCUUGAGAGAUGUGGAAGCCUUCCUGACACGCGCUACUUGUUUCUAGGUGGUUAUGUAGGCAAGGGUCCACCACGGAGCAUCGACACUAUGGCAUUGCUUUUCGUGUACAAGGCUCAAUUUCCGGAGAAUUUAUUCUUGCUACGGGGCCGAGACGAGGAUGCAUCCACGAGCCGGAUUUAUGGCUUCUACGACGAAUGCCACCGACGAUUCAACAUUAAGCUUUGGAAAGCCUUCGUGGAUGUGUUUAGCUGCAUGCCGGUGUGUGCUGUGAUUCGCGAGAAGAUCUUCUGUGUCAGCAGCGGCCUCUCGCCGCAUCUCACCAGUUUCGAUCGAAUUGGAGAGUUGGAACGGCCGUGCCGUGUUCCUGAGGAAGGCCUUCUUUGUGACUUGCUGUUUGCUCGGCCAGAGACUGGGAGCGGCUGGGAAAAGGCUCCGUUAGACAUUGCGUGUACGUUUGGUGAAGAUGUGGUGCAGAAGUUCGCUGCAGAGCUGGGGCUGGACCUGAUUGUUCGGAGCAACCAACCUGUUGGCGAUGGCUACGCAAUCUUUGCCGACCACAAGCUUUUGACUCUCUGGAGCAUUGCAGAUUGGGACUGGGAUGAUACGGAUGACCAGCGGUAUCACCUGGCUGCAGUCAUGAAAGUUGCCGACAACCUCGACAUCACAGCCCAGGUGUUUGACAAGCUCAGCUCAGCAAGUUCUGGCGUGGCUGGACAAAGCCACACCAUCGCACUCAGCUGGUCUGCAGAGCGACAGCGCGUGGCACACAUGCCCAUGGCCUCGGCGCCGGAUCGGCCGGAGAAAGCUGUCGGAGACGAUGCCCCCGAUUCCCCAAGCAGCCUUCUCGAGGAGAAGGUUCAGGAGGCCGGCUCGGUUCCCAGCUCUCUGGGCGACGUCCGGGUGCUUGUCUUGAGCCUGGCAGGCCGCGAGGUGGCAAGCCUCCUCGUGCAUGCGGACACGACGAUCAGGGGGCUCAAGAACCACAUCGCCACAGCUGGCGGUCCGGAUGCCCGCGUGCAGGUGCUCUCCAGCGGCAGUGCAGUGCUGGAGGACAAGCAGACUUGCAGCAGCCUGGGAUGGACUGCAGAUGAAGCUGUGCUUGUGACAAUGACCCACGCGCUCCCGGAUGUUGAUGGCUGUCUGGACUACUUCUUGAGAAGGUAUGCUUCGGACAAGGCCAUUCCAGAGGAGUACGCUUCCCAAUUGCUCCUGCUGUGCUGCCGCUGCAAGGAGAUCUUUCUGGCAGAGCCAAUGCUGCUGGAGCUUGAGCCCCCUUGGGUUAUUGUGGGCAACAUGCAUGGCUACUAUGAUCAGCUCCUGAACCUCUUUCAACGAUUCGGUGAGCUGCCUGACAGCCGUUAUUUGUUCCUGGGUGGCUAUGUCGACAGGGGGAGGAGGAGCCUUGACACCAUAGCGCUUCUGCUUCUGCGCAAGAUGCAGUAUCCGGACAGCUUGAAGCUUCUCAGAAGCAACCACGAAGAUGCAGCGAUGACCAGGAUCUAUGGCUUCUAUGAUGAGUGCAAACGGCGUGCGAACGUUCGACUUUGGAAAGCUUUCGUAGAGGUCUUCAACUGCCUCCCGGUGGGCGCUUUGAUCCGAGAGAAGAUUUUUUGCGUCAGCGGCGGGCUCUCUAAGGAGCUGCAGGACUUCGACUGUAUUCGUCAACUGCAGCGUCCCAGGAUGGUGCCGGAGGAAGGUCUGCUUUGUGAUCUCAUGUGGUCCGACCCUCAGCCUCACCCUGGUUGGGCUGAGAACGACCGGGGUGUGUCCUUUUGCUUUGGAGCGGACGUGGUGCAGCAGUUUGUCGAGAAGAUGGGCUUGGAUCUGAUCGUCCGAAGCCACCAAGUUAUUCAUGAAGGGUAUGAGUUCUUUGCAGAUGGUAAGCUGGUGACUCUCUGGUCCAUCCACAAUUUCAAGGGAGAGUUGGGAAACCAGGCUGCGAUCAUGAAAGUGUCUGAAACGAUGGAAAUGAAGCUUGAAGUCUUCGACCGCCACCACUGA